AUUAUGAAACUGCUAUUUUAAUUCAACGGGUUUCUUCAACAUCCUUUGAAAAGUUAAAACAAAAUACUCGUGUGUUACGUCAGCUAAACCAGACAUUAUUAUGUCCCUGUAAUUUGUUCUGUAUGUUUAAGUGAGUUAUUACAGUGUCAUUAGCACGACGUCCGCCGCUCUGUGUGACUUGUUUGGCCAUCAAUAUGACAUGAGACAAAGUCUAUACUGAUACAAAAGCACUGUCUCCACACGAGUUCUGCAUAAGCAGCAGAGUGUACCGUUUUGUUAUUCCAACACAAGGGACAGCAACAGGAAGGAGGGACGCUAAGAUGGCGCGCAAAGAACACACAGUUUCUUCUCUGCCAAGUAUGGCUGUCAACCUCCUCAUCUUUCUUACGUGGACAGUAACAGCGUUCAUUUGUCACAAAUCUGCUGCCUUGUAUCUCCGCCAAGCACAUGACCAUGUACAUGGCGUUCUUGCGGUCUCGAUCACUCAGGUGAUUCUAUGCAUCAGUGUGUUUAAGAUUCGACGUAAAACAGCAUCUGAAGACAGAAAUCACACACUACCAAUCGUACUAUAUCACGUGACAGCAACAUUUUUAACCAAUAACAGCCUUUCACUCAUUCCAGCAUCAUCGACUAUCGCCGUCAGAAUGCUAGAGCCAAUUACAAGCGCCGUUAUUCAAUGUGUGAUACAAGAAUACCGCCCAGAAAUGACUGUGAUGAUAAGCUUAGCCUUUGUUGGUCUCGGUGGUGUAAUGUUCAUUUGGGAUCCCCUUCAAGAUGGCGCGCUGUUUGGAGGGGUGCUAGUCGCACUAAUGUCAAAUCUUGCACUAGGACUCAGAAACAUAUUCCUGAAGAACGGUUUUACGCGGGGCAGCUCAAUAGUACCGAGGAAUCCAAAACGUACAGCAUCAGUACUUAUUGUCACCGUGGUAUGCAUUGGUAUCUCAAUGCUUGUUUGCCAAAAGGAUGUUUUGCUGAGAACAGUUCUCUUAACGACAACUGCCAUCUUCCACUCCCUGUAUACCUAUUGCUCGGUGACCAUGGUGCUAAAGAGAGUCUCAGUAGUCUCCCACGCCGUCAUCAACAUCUUCAAACGUGUUACCGUCGUUCUGUUGCUGUGUGUUGCUGGGCAAAGAUAUGUGACGACAUUCAACCUGAUUGGUCUAACAACAGCAUCCCUGGGCUCAGCAGUGUAUUCCUUCAGAGGAAGGGUUCAAGACGUCACAGGGAAGAACAUAAACUUCGUGUGUCAACAAAACUUUACGUAUCUGGUGACAGCCUUUACAUGUCUUUUGCUGAUUUUCCAAGUUCGAACCCCUUUGUCCCGAGCAACAAUGGAGGAGGGGUCAAUAAACAAUCCUCGUGUCUACCCCAACAUAAGUCCACAUGUGCAGAAUCAACCCAGCGUGUUUGAAUUCUUUAAUGAAUCUCCUGUAACUCUAGUACAGAACAUCCAGCCGGGAGCAAGAGAGAAACUACAAAGAACUGUAUUUAAGCAAAGAGUUUCAAACGUACUUCACAUUGGUAACGCUAGUGACAAAAGACGCAUAUUGUAUGGUCCGUCUUGGAACACAGCUCUACUGGAUAAGCAAUGGAACAACAAUAUUUACAGACAGGUGUCAUCAAUGUCAACAUUCGAAAACGUUAUCAGUAAAAGUCGGGAUAUUCAAACAGAUAUAUUCCGUCGUCUCAUUGGGCGUUAUGAUUACGUUGUGUUGACCGAUCUGGCAGUUCAUGAGAAUAAAGGAGAUGCAUCAAUCAGUGCUGGGGAGCUGCUUCUGGUGAAGGACCUCGGUAAAGAAGUCAUCUUUUACUGCAGCACAUAUGCUUGUAGUGAUGCAAACCUGAUGGCUGGAAGAGAGAAGGCUCUUCUAUACGGCGUCCAGAAUGUUGCUGUUUUGUGCCACGGGGGAGGAAACAUGAUUGCAUAUAGAGACUCUGAUAUCCUGAGGGGUAAAGUGUUUGAAAUAUUCCGUGGUUUUGAAAUAUUUGUGAUGCCACAGAGUAUAUGGAUUAAUCCGAGACAUCUUGAUAAAACUCACUUACACGACACUGAGAAGGUGUAUGCAAGACACCCUCGCGUGACACUCCUUUUAAGAGACGUUUAUUCGUUGAGGCUUGCUACGAAGCAUUUCCCACAAACACGAUGCCUCCUUGUUCCGGAUUCUGCUUUUCAGAUUGGAUCAGUGCCUAGAUACCUUCAGCCCUCCUAUGACAUUCUGUGGAUGGCACGUAAUGACAUAGAGUCUGCUCAUUACAAAAUUCCGAAAUUCCCAUCAAACGUGUCAGUCACAGCAAGGGAUUGGAGAAAGUGGUUGACAGCGAAAGGGACAACGUCCACUGAAAAUAUGUUCCUUGUUGCUGUAAAUGGAUUUACGUUCCUCCAACGCGGACGGGUAGUUGUCACUGACCGUCUACACGGACACAUCAUGUCCACUCUGCUGCACGUACCGCACGUGUUGUUGGACACUGUUGAUGGCAAGGUGGCUAAGUACCACAACACGUGGACACGUGGUCUUGAAGGGAAGACUGUGUUAACAGCAACUUCAGGGACUGAUGCAAUGCACAAAGCCAUGUUCCUACUGAAAAAGUUUGCAAAUGUUUUGCCAUCGAUUGAUCCAAUCAUGAAAGUAAAGGAAACAAUCGUUUAGAUACAAUAUGUAUGAAAGUAAAGGAAACAAUCGUUCAGAUAAAAUAUGUAUGAAAGUAAAGGAAACAAUCGUUUAGAUACAAUAUGUAUGAAAGUAAAGGAAACAAUCGUUUAGAUACAAUAUGUAUAAAAAUAAAGGAAACAAUCGUUUAGAUACAAUAUGUAUGAAAGUAAAGGAAACAAUCGUUCAGAUAAAAUAUAUAUGAAAUUAAAGGAAACGAUCGUUUAGAUAAAAUAUGUAUGCAAGUAAAGAAAACAAUCGUCCAGAUAAACUAUGUAUGAAAGUAAAGGAAACAAUCGUCCAGAUAAACUAUGUAUGAAAGUAAAGGAAACAAUUGUCUUGAUAAAGUAUGUAUGAAAGUAAAGGAAACAAUUGUCUUGAUAAAGUAUGGAUAUUAUCAAAA